AAAAACAACCAAAAGACCUUGUCAGCAAGUGUCGUAUGUGAAUUUUGUUUUUUGCCAGGAGGAUGUUCCCGUUUCUGAGCUUCAACAUCAGCUCGCUGGACCCGUCGGCCCACUACAACGUGUACGUGGACGUGGUUCUGGCCGACCAGCACCACUGGCGCUACCAGGGCGGCAAGUGGGUGCAGUGUGGCAAAGCGGAGGGCAACAUGCCAGGAAACAGGAUGUACGUGCACCCCGACUCUCCCAACACGGGCGCCCACUGGAUGAGGCAGGAAGUGUCCUUCAGUAAGCUCAAGCUCACCAAUAACAAGGGCGGAAGUAACAACGUGGCACAGAUGAUCGUGCUGCAGUCCCUACACAAGUAUCAGCCGCGUCUGCACGUGGUGGAGGUGAAGGAGGACGGCAGCGAGGACGCCUUCCACGUGUCCAAAGCGCAAACCUUCGUCUUUCCCGAGACGCAGUUCAUCGCCGUCACCGCCUACCAGAACGCCGACAUCACUCAGUUAAAGAUCGACCACAACCCCUUCGCCAAAGGCUUCCGCGACAGCUACGACAACUUGUACGCAGCGCCCGACCCCGAGCGCCUCACCCCCUCCCCGACGGAGAGCCAGCCGCUCCUGGCCGGGGGCUGCUACCCGGCGAGCUACCUGUCGGAGCCGUACGUCAACCCCCUGCCCCAGGGCCGCUUCUACGGCCGGGAAGCGGCGGCGGGCGGCCAGCAGCACAAGGACGGCCCCUCCGGCCCGGGGCCCCACUGGUACGUGCCGUCCCAGCAGGCCGCCGCCCCCAACCGCCUGGACUUGGCGUCAUCCUUCGAGGGCGACUUCUCCGGGAACGCCCUCUACAAGCCCUUCCCCUUACAGAACCCCCCGCACCCGGCCCUCAGCUACUACCCCGAGCGCCCGUUCGCCUCCGGCAGCGUGUCCGCCACGGCGGCAUGGACCGGCACCCGGGCCCCGCCUCAGUACCUGGCCAGUAAGCCGGCCCCCAGCCUGGCCUGGUUUCGCCCAUUGUCUUCGUCGCCCGCAUUGCCCGGUAACGCCCGGCUGCACGCCGGCCCCCUGCACCCCGCCCCGCUGGAGCCCCUCCCGCUGGCCGACAAGGGCAAAGACGCGGCGGAGGGCGAGCAGCACUGGCUGGAGCCGCCCUCGUUGAAGUCGCCCGACUCGGUGGAUUCGGCCCCGUUUGAGGGCGGCGCGGGCGACGCCAAGAAGAGGAGGGUGUCGCCCUACACGUCCAGUACUGAGAACUCGCCGCCGCCCAAUCACGGGGCACAGCUGUGCGACAAAGAGGCCAAUUACUUUGGCUAUUACGCCCACUGAGCCACAGCACUUCACAUAUCUCGCCCGUUUUUGAAAUUGGUACGAGAUGGCGUACACCCUGUACAUUCAAAAUGUGACAAAUGGUCGCACCCGCGCUAAAUUGUCUCCCCACCCCAAAGGGGGAAAAAAAAAAAAAAA